ACCCGCGCCCGGCCUGCCCCGGGUCUGCGCCGCGGGAGGCGUGCAUGCGCGCCGGUGAGCGGCAGCGGGCCGACGUGCGCGCAGGCCUCCAGGAGCUGCCCGCACUGCCCCAGACGGGCAGGUGUCAGCCAUGAAUGCCAGGUGGCCGCCCUGCUCCCGCCCCGUGAUGGGGGUCUGCGCCCUCAUCUUCUUGGCCGCGGCUGCCCUGCUGGGGCAUGUCCUGGUCCAUGACUUCCCGGUGGAGGAAAGUCCCCGAGUUCACCGGCAGCAAGCCAACUGGCAAGGGCCGCGGUACACCCUGGAGCACCCUGGCCAGCCCAGAGCAGCGCCCACACAGUGUGACGUCCCCCCCAACAGCCGCUUCGACUGUGCCCCGGACAAGGCCCUGACCCAGCAGGAGUGUGAGGCCCGCGGCUGCUGCUAUGUCCCAGCGAGCAGGGACCCUGAGGGCCCUCUGCUGGGGCAGCCCUGGUGUUUCUUCCCACCCAGCUACCCCAGCUACAGGAUGGAGAGCCUGAGCCCCUCGGAGACGGGCUACACAGCCACCCUGACCCGCACGUCCCCCACCUUCUUCCCCAGGGACAUCCUGACCUUACGACUGGACGUGCUGAUGGAGACGGAGAGCCGCCUCCACUUCACGAUCAAAGAUCCUGCUAACAAGCGCUAUGAGGUGCCCCUGCAGGUCCCGCGUGUCCGCAGCCGGGCACUGUCCCCGCUCUACAGCGUGGAGUUCUCGGAGGAGCCCUUUGGGCUGGUGGUUCGCCGGAAGCUGGACGGCCGGGUGCUGCUGAACACAACCGUGGCCCCCCUGUUCUUCGCUGACCAAUUCCUGCAGCUGUCCACCUCCCUGCCCUCCCAGUACAUCGUGGGCCUCGCUGAGCACCUCAGCCCCCUAAUGCUCAGCACCAACUGGACCAAGAUCACCCUCUGGAACCGGGAUCUGGCCCCCACGCCCGGUGCCAACCUCUACGGGUCACACCCUUUCUACCUGAUGCUGGAGGACAGUGGCUUGGCUCACGGGGUGUUCUUGCUGAACAGCAAUGCCAUGGACGUGGUCCUGCAGCCCAGCCCGGCCCUCAGCUGGAGGUCGACAGGAGGGAUCCUGGACGUGUACAUCUUCGUUGGCCCGGAGCCCAAGAGCGUGGUGCAGCAGUACCUGGAUGUCGUGGGGUACCCCUUCAUGCCUCCCUACUGGGGCCUGGGCUUCCACCUCUGCCGCUGGGGCUACUCAUCCACCGCCAUUGUCCGCCAGGUAGUGGAGAACAUGACCAGGGCCCACUUCCCCCUGGACGUGCAGUGGAAUGACCUGGACUACAUGGACGCACGGAGGGACUUCACCUUCGACAGGGACAGCUUCGCAGACUUCCCGGCCACUGUGCGUCAGCUCCACCAGAGUGGCCGGCGGUACGUGAUGAUCGUGGACCCUGCCAUCAGCAGCUCGGGCCCUGCUGGGAGUUACAGACCCUUUGACGAGGGCCUGCGGAGGGGGGUGUUCAUCACCAAUGAGACUGGACAGCCGCUGAUUGGAAAGGUGUGGCCCGGAUCCUGUGCCUUCCCCGACUUCACCAACCCCGAGACCCUUGACUGGUGGCAGGACAUGGUGGCCGAGUUCCAUGCCCAGGUGCCCUUUGAUGGCAUGUGGAUUGACAUGAAUGAGCCGUCCAACUUUGUGAGGGGCUCUGAGCAUGGCUGCCCCAGCAACGACCUGGAAAACCCCCCCUACGUGCCUGGGGUGGUAGGUGGGACCCUGCAGGCAGCCACCAUCUGUGCCUCCAGCCACCAGUUCCUCUCCACACACUAUGACCUCCAUAACCUGUACGGCCUGACCGAAGCCAUCGCCUCCAAUAGGGCCCUGGUGAAGACUCGGGGGACACGACCAUUUGUGAUCUCCCGCUCAACCUUCGCUGGCCACGGCCGAUACGCUGGGCACUGGACAGGGGACGUGUGGAGCAGCUGGGAGCAGCUGUCCUACUCYGUGCCAGAAGUCCUGCAGUUCAACCUGCUGGGGGUGCCCCUGGUCGGGGCAGACAUCUGUGGCUUCCUGGGCAACACCUCAGAGGAGCUGUGUGUGCGCUGGACCCAGCUCGGGGCCUUCUACCCCUUCAUGCGGAACCACAAUGACCUGCACAGCCUGCCACAAGAGCCCUACAGGUUCAGCGAGAUGGCCCAGCAGGCCAUGAGGAAGGCGCUCACCCUGCGCUACGCGCUGCUGCCCCACCUCUACACGCUGUUCCACGCUGCCCACGUCAGGGGCGAGACCGUGGCCCGGCCCCUCUUCCUGGAGUUCCCUGAGGACCGGCACACCUGGGGCGUGGACCGCCAGCUCCUGUGGGGAGAGGCUCUUCUGGUCACGCCCGUGCUCGAGCCUGGGAAGGACCAAGUGACCGGCUACUUCCCCUCGGGCACCUGGUACGACCUGCAGCUGGUGCCAGUAGAGGCCCUCGGCAGCCUCCCCCCUCUACCUGCAGCACCUCCCUGCCCUGCCAUCCACAGUGAGGGGCAGUGGGUGACACUGCCAGCUCCACUGGACACCAUCAACGUCCACCUGCGGGCUGGGUACAUCGUGCCCAUGCAGGGUCCUGCCCUCACGACCACAGAGUCCCGCCAGCAGCCCAUGGCCCUGGCUGUGGCCCUGACUGCUGGUGGCGAGGCCCAUGGGGAGCUGUUCUGGGAUGACGGGGAGAGCCUGGACACGCUGGAGCGCGGGGCCUACACUCAGCUCACCUUCCUGGCCAGGAACAACACCGUUGUGAAUGAAUUGGUGCAUGUGGCCAGGGAGGGGGCCAGCCUGCAGCUGAGGACAGUGGCCAUCCUGGGAGUGGACCCAGCCCCCCAGCAGGUCCUCUCCAAUGGGGUCCCUGUCUCCAACUUCACCUACAGCCCCGACACCAAGACCCUGGCUGUCCCUGUGUGGCUGGCCAUGGCGGAGCAGUUCCGCAUCAGCUGGUCUUAACAGUGGCCUGGCUUCUCCACGGAGGUGGUUGCCCUGCCAGGCACUGCUGUGGGCCCCACCGGCCACGUGGGCAGUGCUGAACCCCCGGCGGCGCUCAGGGUCUGCACUACCUCCCCACACAUCUGGGUUUUUUCCCGGAUCCUGUGGUUGCAGUGCCCUUGAGGGCCACCGUGUCAGGAACACCGUGACACUUGUCACCAUGUGCAGCUGCAUCCACUGCCCCCAGCUGACUGUCCGUGAUGUCAGGGUCAGGAAGGGUGCUCUGGAUGGCACGUGUGCCUGCACCAAGGUCGGCCACCCUGCUGUGACUGCAGCUGUGACUUGAGAAGGGACGAGCCCGGGUGCUGCAGAGCCCAGGACUUGGGAYGCUUGCUCUGAAGUGCCAUGACCUUUAAUAAAAGGGGUAUU